AUGUCUUCGAUUCUCACCGCUGCCGAUGACUUUCCAACAGAGAGCAGACCACGCACACAUACUGCUACCAGGCCCACCACCGCUGCUACGAGUAUAGAAUCGCAAGAAGUUAUAUGUGCCAUUAGCGAGUCUCGUGGAGUCUCUCCGACUGUCGGCCUGGCAUUCGUGAAUCUCUCCACCUCGGAAGCAGUGCUUUGCCAGUUAUGUGACAGUAAUUCCUAUGCGAGAACAAUCAACAAGCUCGCUGUAUUCGAGCCCAAAGAGCUUCUGUUUAUGAACACCUCAAGCGCACGCCAAACGAAGUUGUUUGAUACCAUUCAGGACAACAUACCAGGCCUUAUCAUUACGUGCAUUGACCGUCGGUACUGGUCGGACAGGGCCAGUCAAGAGUAUGUUGACAGGCUUGCAUUUCCAGAAGAGUUGGAAUCAAUCAGGUCAUCCUUGGAGAGUCACUAUUUUGCGGCUUGUUGCCUUGCAUCAGUUCUCAAAUAUAUCGAGCUCCAGCUUGACAUGACUUUUACUUUUCAUUCUCUGCGCAUCAAAUUCGAAGCAUCCCAAGGAUCAAUGAUGAUUGACCUUUCUACAGCUGCAUCAUUGGAGUUGGUCCAAAAUCUUCAGAAUACCAAGUCGCGAGAUAGCUUGUUCGGACUACUAAAUGAAACUCUUACUCCUAUGGGAGCCAGACUAUUACGAAGCAAUAUUCUACAGCCACCGAUUGAGCUUGAGAAAAUAAAUAUCCGCUAUGAUGCCGUGGAAGAGCUUAGCACCAAAGAAGAUAUGUUUUUCGCUAUCAGAGAAGCCCUGAAGAAUUUUGUCGACGCCGACAAAGUCCUCACUUCAGCGUGCGCACCAGACAAUUAUAGUCCGACCAAAAGUGUUAUUGACGGGACGCUCAACGACGACGUCCUUUACCAAAGGAAACCUCUUGAUCUUCGAAAUCAACGAACAUAUGCAAUAAAGACUGGAGUAAACAGUUUGCUUGACGUUGCACGUCAAGCAUAUAAAGAAGCUAAUGCUGAUGCAGCUGAGCUUGUUUCCGUGCUUUCUGAGAGACAUGAUCUUACGUUGGAGUUGAAGUAUGACACUGCACGAAGUUAUUACAUUCGACUUUCGGUAUUCGAGCUGGAAGGCGUUCUUCCUGAAGAAUUCAUCAAUGUUUUCAAAAGAAGAGAUCGUAUUGAAUGCCAAACACUGGAUCUUGUCAAGCUCAAUCAAAGGAUUUCUGACUCCCAUCAUGAAGUGAUGAGUAUGAGUGACCAAGCUGUUCAGGAGUUAAUCGACAACGUGUGUGAGAAUGUUCCAAGUCUCUUCAAAAUCAGUGAGGCGAUAGCUACACUGGAUAUGCUAUCAGCCUUUUCUCAGCUAGUGACUAUCCAAGAAUACACGCGGCCUGAGUUGACGAAUGUGCUGGCAAUUAAAUCGGGCCGUCAUCCACUCCACGAGAAGAUACUCAGAGACAAAUUUGUGCCCAAUGACACAUAUGCAGCGCAGCAGUCGCGCUUCCAGAUCAUCACGGGUUGUAACAUGAGCGGAAAGUCGACUUAUGUUUGCUCCGUUGCCCUCAUGGCCAUUAUGGCGCAUAUUGGGUGCUUUGUUCCAGCUGACUAUGCGUCUUUCCCCAUCAUUCACCAAUUAUUUGCUAGGGCAGCUUCUGUCGACGAGAUCAAUGCCAGUGUAUCAACAUUCGCCGCUGAAAUGCGAGAAAUAUCUUACAUUCUUCGCAAUGUAGACGCACGCAGUCUUGUCAUUGCAGACGAACUUGGUCGCGGCACAAGCACUACAGACGGACUGGCAAUAGCUAUAGCUAUUGCCGAGGCUCUCGUUGACAGUCAUGCAUUCGUAUGGUUUGCUACUCAUUUUCGUGAUCUUGCACGUAUCAUGUCCGAACGAAGUGGCGUUGUUAACCUAUCUCUCGCCGUGAGGCUCACACACGAAAGUAGCAAGAUGACGAUGUUGUAUAAAGUUCAAGAGGGGCAUGUUCAAGAGAAGUUUUACGGUCUUGCCCUUGCCAAAGUCCUACCAUUUCCACCUCAAGUUCUGGAAGUUGCACAAAGAGUGUCAACGCAUUUGGCCAAAGUUGCCGAGCGUCGUGCAAUUAGUUCUCAAGUACUGGGGACAUCUAGAAAAAGAAAUCUAAUCCUCCAGUUGCGAGAGCAGUUGCUACAUGCCUACAAUGGAAGCAUAGAUGGGGAGGAACUGCGGCAGUGGUUACGGAGACUGCAGGAGGAUUUCGCUAUGAGAAUGGCGGCGCUAGAUGGUGAAUUUGAUACAUCUCCAGGAGAAGAUGCGGCCAUACACAGGAGAGAUAUAGAGACAAGCAUUGAUGCCAAUGAAUUUCAAAAAACGAAGUCAGAUGAAGGAUCCUUUGAACCGGUCGAGGAGGAGCUCGAGAAAACAAUGCUCACUGAGAGUGAUAUGCCUAGCAGUCAAGGGGAUGUGGAAGCUGAAGAGACAUGGGAUCUGUGA